AGUGGAGAAUAACUUCACAGACACAGCUCAAAGCGAAAGCAAACUCAUGAGCGACGCAUUUUCACUCAAUCUGUGAAUACGACGACAUGAAUCUCUCUAUCUCAUGAGUCUAUUUUUAUACAUGAUGUUUAAAGGUGCAUCGGUCUAAUGGACAUAACUCUAAAAAAUGACUAUGACUUCACUGUCUGAAAGUUUGGUGGCUUCAGACCCCUCAAAAUCGGCAUUUCUGGAGUUCAGUCACGGCUACCAGACGCACCAGCAGCAUUCGCCAGGUGUAUCUCACGCGCACUAUCCCGUGCACGGUUUACAUCAAGGCGCGCAUCCGCAGUACGAAACGGCAUUUUCCUCUGGAGCUCCUUCGUACGGCCGUCCAUUAAGUUACCAUUACCCGAGCGCCCAUCACCAUCCCGGAGCUUACUUACCUUAUCAACAUAACAGCCAUAACAGCGCUGCCGGUCAUUCAAGAGUAGACGACGGAGAAUCGGAGAAGCAGAGCUCUAUUGAGAAUGGAGAAAUCCGACUGAACGGGAAGGGAAAGAAGAUCCGCAAACCCCGCACCAUCUACUCGAGUCUGCAGCUGCAGGCGCUCAACCAGCGCUUCCAGCAGACCCAGUACCUCGCGCUCCCUGAACGCGCUGACCUGGCAGCCAAAAUGGGUCUGACACAAACCCAGGUAAAGAUAUGGUUUCAGAACAAACGCUCCAAGUACAAAAAGAUCAUGAAACAUGGCUCGAGUGGACCAGAAGAGCACCUUCAAGCAGCUUCAGUCUCCGGACCGCCAUGUUCCCCUGGAAUGCCACCCCUAUGGGACGUUUCCAUGUCAACAAAGGGUGCCCCCAUUCACUCUGGAGGAUAUAUGAACUCUUUUGGACACUGGUACCCUGGUCAUCAUCAAGACCCAAUGCCUAGAACUCAAAUGAUGUGACUGGAUGUGUAAGACAUUUGCAGUGUAUCUACCCCCCUACUGAUUUUUACCAGUACACUCUGUUUCAGAUCACGCCGGCCCUCUUUUAGCACAGUUUACUCACGCUCAGACUUCUCUCAAAUUUCUCCUCAGUAUGUUCUUCAUGAAGAUUUGUGUUGCUGAAAUGUUUUGUUGCUUGCAGGUUUGUGUGGGAAAAUUGCUGAAAGACUGUCAAAACAGCCGGACCUCUCUCUAUACUUUGGAUUUUGUUAGCUCUUUUGUAGGUUUAAAUAAAAUGCCAUUGUCUA